UUAACGGCUAGGCUCGCAGAUAAAAGCUCCUGACCAGCCACGUUACUAUACGUUCGUGUCUUGACUAUUAUGUAUUCAAGCCAUGGCCUCGAAUAAGAACGGGAAGCCAGAAGGAACUGACCCGUGUCUAAGAAUCGUGCCACUAGGAUUGAACGACGACACUUUCAUUAAUCGCUGCGUUGUUGUCAGUGUACUCCUCAAGUUUGAUCACAAGUUAGAAACGACAAAGUUGCGCCUUGCACUUGAUCGCUUACUCCAAUUUCCAACAUGGAACAAGCUUGGGUCGCGAGUGCGGAAGAAGAACUCACGAUUGGAAUUUCACAUUCCUCACAGCUUUUGCUCUGAGAGACCUGGAUACCUCUGGUCCGCAGAAUCGACAGCAUGCCCGAUUGAGAAGCAUGUAGCUGGUUCUCAGAUUCCAUCUCGCUUCGACAAAGCUUUCGUGGCAAGCUCACCAGACGCUUUGAGACCUCUGAUUUUUGAUCACGAUGCGCCAAGACGACUGCGUGACUACUUAAAUGGGGACACUCCACUUCUUGCUAUUCGUGUUAUGACAUUCGAUGACGCGACUACCGUUGCUGUCUCGUGGCCUCACAUCAUGUCGGAUGUGAAUGGCAUACGGUCAUUCUUAGACGCGUGGAGUCUGGUCAUGGCAAAGAGGGAUGCAGAAGUCAAAUCCUUGCAUGGUUUCGAUUUUGACCCUCUUGAACCACUGGAGCACCGGGGUCGUCCCGAGGAUUGGGCCCAUUGCGACUACAUAUUGAGUACGCGUCAAAAGGUCAAAUGGAUAGGUCGCCUUACAGGGGAACUUGUCCGGUAUCGGGAUUUCGAGUGGAGGACCUUCUGCCUUCCUUUAGCCCAUAUUACCAGCCUGAAGAAACUCGCGCUCGAAGAGAUGCAGCGUACCGAACCGUCGCCUACGCGGCCGCAUUUCCUCAGCGACGGCGACAUCAUCGUUGGCUUUGUCACUCGUAUACUAGCUUCGUCACUUCCAACACGAUCGGUCGCCAUAUUCUGUGCUCUAUCAAUCCGUAAGUUGUUUCCAGACAUCUUUCCACCUGAUAAGAUCUUCAUUGGGAAUGCGCUGAGUGCGACCGUGACAUUGAUACCAAAAGGCGGAUCCCCUAGUAAAUCUGUAGGCUAUAUUGCUGCACAUUUUCGUAAAGAAUUGAAUCUACAGGCGACACAACCUCAACAAGAAUCUCUCAUGGCGAUGAACAGUGCUGCGUAUCGAAAAGGGAGACUGCCUGAGGCGGCAGUAGGAGACUCGUCAGCAGUGGUAUUGGCCUUCACCAAUUGGACUCAGGCGCGCUUCUUUGAUAUUGAUUUUAGCGGUGCGCUGCGUAAUGGUGAUCACAAUGACCCUGCCAGGGCACACCCAGUACUCACCAAGCCAUCGUAUGUGGGUCAACUGGAGACUGCAAGCCAAAGGCCCAAUUCAAGAUACUUGACUGUCAUCAAAGGCCAAGAUGCAAAAGGCAACUAUUGGAUCGAUGGGGUGUAUAGGAAAGCGACAUGGGAGGUGAUAGUUCGCUUACUGCAUGACAUCAACAACGACAAUACGACCUGAUAAAUCAAUGUUCAUCCAUGGUUCCUGUACAGAUCUCUAACAGUUCUUUAUACCUCUUUGAAAGACUCUGCACUCCGCACUUCG